UGAUAAGAGAAUGAAGUCUAUAAAAAUCUGGCUGAAGCUUGGCAAGUUCUAUUCAGGGCUCUUCCAACCUCCUCCGCCCACAGCUGCUCCUCCAGCCGAAGCAGCAGCCCAUACUGUGAAGAUGCACUGUUUGAAAGUCAUGGCAAUCUUCUUAUUCUGCUCACUGCUGCUCAGCCAGAUGCACUGUGCUUCCUUGCACCAGCCACAGCCUCACCUAAAAAGACAAAGGCGGAUGACACCUUUCUGGAGAGGAGUCUCACUGAGACCCAUUGGAGCCUCCUGCAGGGAUAAUAGCGAAUGCAUUACAAUGCUAUGCAGGAAAAACCGCUGUUUCCUUAGAUCGGCCUCCGAGUGACCUGUCGUAACGAAGAACACCCAUCACUGUUACUGCUAACAAUGCUCCGCUCUACUUGUGAAAUAUUUAUUGACCGUUCAAAAGCUACGACAGUGAAUCAGCAACAAGUAUAUUCGACAUUUCUGCCAUAAGAACUGGUAAAAGGACUUCAAAGAGCUGGAGAGCAUUCAGUAACCAAGGCUGUACCUCUGCAGCAUACGCCUGAGGAUGACUCUCUGGCCAAGCUCAAUAAAAGGACCCUGCAUCUCAUGUUUUUGUUUUGUUUUUUAUAACUGUUAAUAUAUAUUUUUUUAAGGUGUGGAUUAAAAGUUUAUAUUCAGUAAACAACCUGGGUUUUUCCUUGUAUGCUGUGAGCAAAGUGUAUGCUGAGUGCACAUCAGGCAUUUCAAGUAGGAGUGCUUAUUUCAGACUGGACUUUAGACAUUUAUCCUUCAACCUGGCAAGUGCUUAAAGUAGAUCACGCUUCCAUCUCAUUUCAGUCUCAACAGCUGAACUCUUAUCAGUACUUCAAAUAAAGGCCUGUCGGAAAGAGGGAGCAAACAAACUGAUAAUAAUACUGCUAGCAGAUUCAAUACGCCAAAUAUAUCUGGUGAUAACUGGAAAAUGUAUUUACUUUUAAUUACUUCUAAUCAAAACUGCCUAAGUAAAGUCCUAAACUGACCUCUUCCACUGAAGGAUCUUCUUAUUUCAAAAUAAAUUUAUCCAAAUCAGAUCCAUCUUAACUCAGAGGGCUGAGAGAAACAAAGCCACUUUU